UCAGACUACUUUAUUUAUUUGGCAUGAUUUUGGUUCAAGCCGGGCCCUCGAGCAAACUGAACUAAGUCCUGGGGGAGUCGAACGUUUCAGAUCAUCACUUCCAGUCUUAAAGCGUGACAGGUUUCGAAAAACAUAGAUGUCCAGUAACAUGUACUCGGUCUAAGGUGGAUUCACAACCUCAAAAGCGAAAAUGGGCUUACUUCGCAUGUUGUAUACAGUGUUUGCAGACAUCUAUUGGUUUCCAUGGAUUAUCACAGAUCUUAAGAAUAUGUUUUAUCGCUAUUGGCAAGGAAAACUUCCCAAGUCAUACAAGUACACAGACUGCGAGGGAAACACGGUAUCUUUGACAGAGUUGAAUGGAGUGCCCUUUAACAGAUUAUUUUCAGGGCUGCAGGAAACUGUAGAAAAUCCUGAUCACUUUGAAGCAAGAGAGGAUGACAUAUGGGUGGUUAACUGGCCCAAAUCGGGAACUCACUGGUUGUGGGAGAUUAUCAUGAUGCUGACAAGUGACAAACCUCAACUCUCUUCUCGCGUUAAGGAAGAAUGCAUGUUUGAAUUGCGACCCGGCCACGCCCUUGAAACCAUGCCCUCACCGCGCGUUCUCAACACCCAUGUGCCAUAUCAGUUUUUCCCUAAACAAGCCUUGGCUAAAUCUAAAGUGCUGUACAGCGUCCGACAUCCCAAAGAUGCUGCCAUAUCUAUGUAUUAUCACACGCGGAACAUUGAAGAUUAUUCGUAUUUAGGAACUUGGAACGGAUUUUUCUCGUUGUUUAUGGAAAACAAAGUUGAUUGUGGAAGUUGGUUUGAUCACGUCGAGAAAUGGUUGGAAGUUGUUGAAAACCACUCCAAUGUGCAAAUUGUCAAGUUUGAGGAUUUGAAAGAGGAUUUGACCGGGGAGAUAAAACGUGUAGCAGAAUUUAUCGGGUAUCCAAAGUCAGAUGAGUUUUACGCCGAGGUUGCGAAGCAAUGCUCCUUUGAGAAUAUGAAAAAGCACAAAACCGAGUUGUUGUCAGGAUGGCGACCUGAAAGCGAUGGAAUGUAUAGGAAAGUUGAUUGUGGCAGUUGGUUUCAUCACGUCGAGAAAUGGUUGGAAGUUGUUGAAAACCACUCCAAUGUGCAACUUGUCAAGUUUGAGGAUUUGAAAGAGGAUUUGACCGGGGAGAUAAAACGUGUAGCAGAAUUUAUCGGGUAUCCAAAGUCAGAUGAGUUUUACGCCGAGGUUGCGAAGCAAUGCUCCUUUGAGAAUAUGAAAAAGCACAAAACCGAGUUGUUGUCAGGAUGGCGACCUGAAAGCGAUGGAAUGUAUAGGAAAGGAAAAGUAGGCGGCUGGAGAGGAGUAUUUACCGUGCACCAAAAUGAAACUUUCAACUCCGAGUAUGAAAAGCGUGCUAAAAACUUUAAAAUUGAUUUGGGGUACACAGAUUAA